UGGCGUGCUGCAGCUCAGCAUGCGUAAGAUCCACCUGCCCCCACCCCUGGAUGUAAUCAUGACAGGUAUUCAGAGGCGAAGACGCAGAGUCUUCUUCAUGUAGGGACCCAUUGAGCUCUGCAGGCAUCCCCUCCUACAUUAAGUGUCAUUAUGCUUUUCAGAUUGGAGAAUCCAAGGUGUUUAACUGCUGCUGAAGGCGUAUUUAGUCACACAGCGGGCCAAAUUACAGAUGUGACUUCCCGUGCAGCUGAAGUGUGAACAUCCACACAUUCCUUCGCUCUGAAACUGAAAGGCGUCGUAAAGGAAUACGUCUCACUGCAGAUGCUGCAAAGGUAGGAGGGCGUCCUUGUUAGCUUGUCAUCGUGUUGUAACCCUGGAGCCAAGGAUGUGACUGGAAUCUUAAUUCAUCCUAAAAAGAGCCGAGUCCUCCUGGAGACUUCCCUCUCCUCAGUUUAAAUCCGGCCGCCACGUCAGAGCUGGUGCUGAUCGUCUCCUCCCGAGAGAGAAGUCCUGACUAUGAUCUUCCUCGGCACAUGAACAACCAUGGCCGUCACCUCCUCGUUGCUGCUCCCGCUCCUCGUCCUCUUCUCCUGCCUCCCCUCCUGCUUCUCCAACAUGCUGUGUCCGAAGCGCUGCACCUGCCAGAACCUGCUGCCGUCCUACACGGUGCUGUGCGCCAAGACGGGCCUCCUCUUCGUCCCGCCCAACAUCGACCGGCAGACGGCUGAGCUCCGGCUGAUGGACAACUUCAUCACGACGCUGAGGCACCGGGACUUCGCCAACAUGUCCAGCCUGAUCCAUCUAACCCUGAGCAGAAACACCAUCAGCCAGAUCAGGCCUUUCACCUUUGCUGACCUCCAAGACCUCCACGCCCUGCACCUGGACGCCAACCGGCUCACGGUCCUGGACGACUCCCAUUUCCAGGGCCUGGUGAACCUGAGGCACCUGAUCCUGGCCAACAACCAGCUGCACAGCAUAUCGGAGGGAGCCUUUCAGGACUUCCUGGAGACGUUGGAGGACUUGGACCUGAGUUAUAACAACCUGGUGGACAUCCCCUGGGAGACCAUUGCUCUGCUGGUCAGCGUCAACACCCUCAGCCUGGACCACAACCUGAUCGAGAGCGUUCCCGAGGGAAUCUUCUCCAACCUGCACAAACUGGCCCGGCUGGACAUGACGUCCAACAAGCUGAAGAAAAUACCUCCAGACCCGCUGUUCCUCCGGAUCCCGGUGUACGCCAAGAUGAAGGGUUCUCCUCUCACGGCGCUGGUGCUGAGCUUUGGAGGGAACCCGCUGCACUGUAACUGUGAGCUGGUGUGGCUCCGACGGCUGACCAGAGAGGACGACCUGGAGACGUGCGCGUCACCCAGAGACCUGGCGGGAAAAUAUUUCUGGACGAUUCGAGAGGAAGAGUUUGUUUGCGAACCCCCGAUGAUAACUCGUCAUACGUCCAAGAUGUUUGUGAUGGAGGGUCAGGAGGUCAGCCUGCGCUGCAAGUCCAUCGGAGAUCCUGAGCCCUCCACACACUGGGUCAGUCCGGAUGGAAAGCUGAUCGGGAACACCUCCAGAACCAUCUGCUACGAGAACGGUUCCCUUGAUAUCCUCAAGGCAACCGUCAAGGAUUCUGGAAAGUUCACCUGCAUAGCCUCCAACGCAGCGGGCGAGGCCACGGCUCCGGUGGAGUUGGUCGUUAACCCGUCCCCGCACUUUGACCCCAAACUGGACCCAGACCCGGGACCGUCGGACAUCCCCACCUCCAUCAAAUCCAACGUGAGCGGGGGCCAGCCGCGGUCCGACCAGCAGAGGGUCAGCGUGUCGGACCUGACCUCCAGCUCCGCCACCAUCAGGUGGCCGCCUCAGAACCACAUUCCUGGAGUCCGAAUGUACCAGAUCCAGUACAACAGCUCCACGGACGACAUACUCAUCUACAGGUAAGAUGGACGCAGCAUGGCUGGAAAGCUAAAAACCAGAAAUACGCCAUUUAAUACAAAGAGUUUCAUCAAUCAAUCAAUCAAAUUUAUUUAUAAAGCGCUUUUCAAACAAAGUGCUUUACAAAAUGACCCCAGAUUCCCAUAACAGGUUAAAAACAUUAACAGACGUAUGCAAGCGCACGCACGCACGCACACACACACACACACACACACACACACAAGUAAAAAUUAUAUUUGGCUGAGUCCAGAUGAGCCAAGUACGGUAACGCAAGGAAAUGCCAUCAGAGGAGCCGUCUGCCCCGGCAGCAUCAGGUCUUCCACACUAAGUCAGGGCGCUCAGUGGAGGGGGAGCAGAGACCCCCACCUAUAGAGCGCCCAGGAAGCUACAGUCGACCACCGCUCCCGGGGCAGAGGGCCCCCACAGAGGAAACACUGGAUUAAAAUGAGUAAAAAUGUAAUAUAAGAGCUAAUAUAAAUGACAAAAAUUAGAAAAUAAGUAAUAAAUAAAAUCAUAUAUACAGUAAAAUAAUAAUUUAAAUAAUAAAACUGUGCUAAAAUAUAAUCAUAUUGAACAUGCAAAGCAAGUAAUAACAUAUCAUCAUGUAAAACAAGGAAUAAAACUGUAGUAAAUAUUUAGAUAAAAGCUAACCUAAAGAGGCGGGUCUUGAGUCUGGACUUAAAAACAUGAACGUUCUCUGCGGCCCUGAGGUCCUCCGGCAGCUCGUUCCAGAGGCGAGGGCCAUAACACUGGAAGGACGCCUCGCCGUGAGUGUGUGUCCUAACUUUAGGGAUGACCAGGAGACGCCUGCCAGAGGAGCGCAGAGUCCGCGAGGGUUCAUAUGGUAAAAGCAGUUCUGAUAGAUAAGAAGGCCCAAGACCAUUAAGACACUUAAAAACCGUUAGAAGAACCUUAAAAUGGAUCCUGAAACAUACGGGGAGCCGAUGCAAUGAUUCUAAAACUGGUGUCAUGUGCUCCCGCCUCCUGUUCAUCAGGACACGUGCUGCCGAAUUUUGUAGAAGUUGUAAACCUUAGAUCCUCUUUUUGGGAAGAGCAGAAAGCAGGGCAUUACAGUAGUCUAUCCUACUGGUGGUAAAAGCACGCAUCAGCGUCUCCGUAUUGGCCCAUCUCUGAUGUUCUCAUCACUUUAUCCUUAAAUCACCUUUUUUCACGUCCGUCUCAGUCCAAAGUUAACGAUGUCAGCUGGGACUUUUGUCCUAUCACAGCGAGGGCUCGUGCUCUGUACUUGUUAGCUUUAAUUAGAUAAAUAGAAAUUAUCUGUGGCAGCAGGUAGAAAACAGCCUAAAGGCUUAAGAACGAUUGACUUCUUCUUUAGUUAAUCUUUGUGUAAAAAUGCAUUAUGUGCUGUUUCAGACGCGUUUAGUCUGCUUCUGUGAAGAACCGCUCGUUCACCUGCAGAUUCACACAAACACGACGUUGCUUCAGACGACACGCCGAUCGGACCGGCUCCAGGACUUUAUUUAAACAGACGUUUGAUGCCGCCAUCAUGAAUAUUAGUGGUAAUCUGCUGUUUGAUCUGUUCGGUUUUGAUUCUGAUCCAGCCCGCGUUCAAACAGAACCCUGGCUCAUGACAGCAGGCGGCUUGUGGCCGACUGGGGAAAAAGAAAAGAAACGGGAGAAUCCUGCAGGGAAACAAGAGCAGCAACUAAAAGGCCAUUAAAAUGUGAAAAGGCGCCGAUUCGGAAGCGCAUCUGGGACUGCAAAGUCGGAGGUAACGGAAGUUUGUGAAGUUUCACGAGUGUCCGACGGAGCAUUGAGAUAAAUGUUCUGCUGCAACGCGUUCCGGAUGAAAAACCGUCUCCGCAGCACUUGUUGAAUUUUACAUUAACAAUAAAUUCUAGUGGUUAUGCGAGCGAGUGCGACCAUCCAGGAGCGUAAAACUCACCGUGAUUGUAAAACUUCCUUCUGAGCCUCCAACCCAACAACUCCUAAUCACCAAAUGUGACUUUCAGAACACGCUGAAGGCUUGAGUGCAGAUUUUCUGUCAGCCCACGGUUCUGAUUGACCACUGGAUGCUCUCACCAGCCAUUUGGGCUCUUCUGUCACCUAGCAACCUCACCCAGAAUGCACAACAGAGUGUUAUUAAGUAGCCUUCUCCUGUUUGACAGACGACGGUUAAAAAAAUAUCCAAAAGCCUUUAUUCUCAUUUUAACCCGGACCAGCGGCCACAUCUGACUCUCGGGUGGAGAGGGCCUGAAAGGGCCGUUCUGGAUGAUUAAAUCAUCCGGAUACUUCAAAAUGAAUUUCUGGUUCCCUAACAAGGCCGAAGGUGGCACAGGAGUCUGCUGGUGGGGUUCGGAGGGAGCGGUAGUGCCUCGCCUCUGUCAGCGUGCCCCAGGGCAGCUGUGGCUGCAUCGUAGCUCAUCACCACCAGGGUGUGAAUGUGUGUGUUUCAACCCUCCCUGCAACACUUCACCGGAACACGCUGGAUGGAAGCUGAGAUUUCCUCUUUCGCCGCGGUCCUUCUGCUGCCUUCUUGUCACCUAAAGGUCCAACCUCUCAUUUCUGGGUUUGCUAGAGGACAUGACACACUAGGGUUGUCACGGUGUGAAAAUUCAACCUCACGGUUAUUGUGACCGAAAUUAUCCCGGCAUUUUUUUAAACGCGUUACAUUUUCAGACAACUACAUAAACCCUGUAUAUCAGGAAAUAUUGUCCUCAAUUUGUGUCUAAAUUUAGCCUAAAAUUUGUUAUUUUGUAAUUAUGUUGUUUAUUUGUUUACAUUUUUCCCCUUUAGUCUUUAAAAUACCGAUAUCUGCCCAUAACUUCUUAUUUUAUGUCUGUUUGAUGUCAUCAUUUUAAAAGUAUUAGACCAGAUGAUACUCAGUACUCAAGUAGCCUUCUAAUCAGAUACUUUUUUACCCUUACUUGAGUAAUAAACCCUGUAUCAGGAAAAUAUUGUCCUCGGUUUGUGUCCUUCCAGUGAGCUUUGCAGAUGUGGGAAAAUGUCAUCAGGCAGUAAUCGUUGUUAAAUUCAUAAUUAUUCUCGGAGAGAGACCAACUCUUAUCUGUCCCUGGGAGCCCCGUAAUGCAUAGCGUCAUUUCAACAUGGCGGUGUCCGCGACACGGUUUAUAUGCAGGUAGCGGCGCUGCGGCUGCUUUAUAUAGCGACUCGUUGCAUUCUCCCUCAACCCAAAUCCUCGGAUCACGCAUUUUAGCUAAAGCGCUAACGUUAGCUUGCCUUGCGUUGGCUGUAGAGUUGUGGGUGAUGGUUUUUGAGUGUCCUUGCAAAGAAAGGUGUCUAUAUUGGUGGCUGAUUUGUUUUUGUAUUGAUUUUGAAUGUCAGAAAUGUAUAUUUGGGAAUGUGGAGAUGUUAUGUUGGUUUCACUGGUAAAAAUAAAUAAUUGAAAUGGGUAUAUAUUUGUUUUUUGUUAAGUUGACUAAUAAUGAUGCACAGUAAUAGUCACCUGCACACACAGAUAUCCCCCUAAAAUAGCUAAAACUACAAACAAACUACUUCCAAAAACAUUCAGCUUUGAUAUUAAUGAGGGUUUGGGUUCAUUGAGAACAUGCUCAAUAAUAAAAUUAUUCCUCAAAAAUACAACUUGCCUAAUAAUCCUGCACUCCCUGUAGGCCUAUAAUUAGACACAGUAGAGGGGUCAAGACUGGGCUUCUUAAGAAGUGGCUGAACAGCAGCAUGUUUCCCAGAUUCUGGAACCACACCAGAUGAAAGGCUGCUGUUUACCAUGGUAAGAGCCCAAGGACCCACGGAGGGAAAAACCUCCUCAAAGAGGCGGGGAGGAAUCACACCAGUAGGAGAACCUGAGGUUUCCAGGUGGAAAUGCAGACUACUUUGGUAUCGUCUGUGUUUGGAUGUGAAACGUGGUGAGUGUAAUACUUGGUUGUGAGGUUCUAGCAGAGCUACCAUAAAAACAGGUAAAAACCUGCAAAUCCACCCCGACAGGAAGGGGAGGGAGGGUUUUUCUACCGCUGCUGAUGGUCAUUUUUGUUUUAUUUGUCCUUUUCCAGACGUCGCGCUAGUGAAGAGGCACGUAGAACUGUUCAAAACACACACGCGUAUACUUGCUGAUAGAUUGGCUCGGCUCUCUCUUCACCACAACAGACCGGUGACGCCCGCAUCGUGGCAGACGCAGCGCCGAUCCCGCCCGUUGAUCAGAUCGUCAUUCGUUCCCAGUCAGGCAAAAACUUUCCAACCCUUUUAGGAAGAAGCUGUCAUGUUCUGCGGGUGGAGGUGGCAGACCAUGUGUGGUGGUGGGUUUCCGGAGGCAGAAGAGCAAGCAGACGGAUGAAAAAAUAAAAAGAUGUUUAUUGUAGGACGGGAGCAACAGGACGAACGAACAUGCACAAACGACAAUGAACCGACAAAAGACAGCAACACGGAGGGAGGUAUAAAUACACAAGGGAAUCAGGAACACAUGGGCAGAGCAAUCAGGGACAGGUGAGAACAAUUAGGCUAAUCAGGGCAGGAGAGACACAGUCAGGGAGGCCGGGGCGGAUCAUGACAGAAGCGGUGACCAGGAAAGGAAGAGGAAUGUCCUCUGACUUUGGAUGGGUGGUGAAGGAGAAAAUCAAGCGGUGGUUAAGAUGGAGAUGAAAAACAGAAACGAUCAAACAGUUUAGAUGGAUAACUUUUGGUUUCUGAGGUGAAAUCAAAGCUUCUCUAAGCACACAGAGUGGUGUGUUACUGGCGUUUGUCCAACAGAACGGUUAUAAUCUGUCUUUCUGCACUGGCAGAAAAUAAUGUUGAAGAUGGAAGAAUCAGAACAGUUUAAACACACGCACACACACACACACACACACACACACGCACACACACACACACACACACACACACACACACACACACACGUGGACUCUUUCUAUCAGUGAGUCUUUUGGAUGUUGAUGCUUCUCGGAGCUGUUUUUCUCAUCUCUGCCCCAGGGCAAGAACAACCUGGCCAGCUUUAUCCUUCACCGCUUUCACUGACUCUCUUGCACAGGAGUCCGCAUUCACUCCGAGGAUUACGGGUGCGAGGCGAGAUCAACCUCUGUCAGCAGCAGGAAAUGAAGUUAUCGAUUCUUCCUCCGUUAAUAUUCUCUUCUGCUCCCUUUUUCCCCUCCGUCUCGCUCCAGGAGUGGAUGUUUGUGUGGCAACUCAAAAGGCUCCAUGUGGUUGUGCCCAUUUGAAGAUGCACGUGUGCAUUUGCUUCCUAAUUACUGCUCCGCCUGGUCCUGAAGGAGAGAUUGAAAGGAGAAAGGGGGUGGAGAGGAAAGGUGGAUGCAGACGUUGAUGAAUGA